UUGAACUCUUGCGUCAGCACGUUCCUUUAUCUGGCGGAACCGUGCAGUUUCUGACAAUGAUGUCCGAGAUAAUGUCUUCGUACAUGAGUUCGGAUAUGGCGCCGUUACGAAGAGUAUAUAAUAUUUGGAAAGUACUGCUUAUUGUUCGCGCCUGGCGAAAUUGGUGCUAUGCCAAACAUGGAAAUUUGCAGAAAUGCAUAACCACAAAUGCAUAUUGGGGACUUGAAAUUAAUGCUCACGCAUUAAUUAGCUACAUAGAUCUCUGUCGAAGAGAGAACAUCCAGUUUCUGGUAGACCACCUACACAGUCAAACGUGUGAGGCAGCCUUCAGGGAUACACGAUCAUUGACAUCGACCGCAUCAACCGUGGUAAAUUUCACUAUACAAGGAUUUGAAUCCCGUUUGAACCGAAUUCAAAUGAAAAGGGACAUCAUGGCUAGACAGCAGGCCUCACUGAAUUUCCCUCGGUCAAAAAGCGAAUCAGUUGACGAGACACCAACCGUUCUACCUAAUGAAGACGAUAUUUCACGCACCGUCGAAGAAGCUAUGAGAGCGGCGUCAGAAAUACUGAUCGGUUUGGGAGUUGAGGAAUCGAAUCUAUCAUUCGAGCACACAAUUCGUCGAAAAUGCCAACUACCAGGUGAAAACUCAACAUUCCAGUAUGUCGAUGUUCCAGACGAGCACGUACAUGAGAAUCCAGAAUCACUAUAUUCCGACAAAUGUCCCUCAUUUCAAUUUGUUGAUGUGCCUGAAAUUGCAGAGGAUGACGAGGACAAUGUCGUUGAAGCGUCCGAGGUGUUUGCAAAUGUCGGAAAAGAACUCCAUCUGAAGGAUGCAGUAUCCUACAAAAACACUUUCAAAAUUAGGAACCGCAACGGCAGAAUUGUAAGUGUGAAAAAGAGAACCUUUUUGUGGAUGCUAACGUCAGAUUUAGUCAAAUGUUCCACUGAUCGAGUGCAUCGAUUCAAAGACGGAGAUGUUAUUUCCAACUCCGGACAGCCACGAUCGCUCAACGGAGUCUGUGAGAACGUGUCAUUGGGCGAAUUCCUCUUGGUGCGCAGCAAUGGCCAGAUCAAUGUCGUCAAAGUGUAUGGGUUCAAAUUCCUGAAAGGUAAAAAUCAGUCCUGCUCACUCACUACGGUUCCUUUGGUAGCCCCUUCUGGAGUGAACCCCAGAGGAAUAGGAAUCAUAGGUAAUUUUUUUGAUCUUGUUGAGUAUGGUAAUGAUAUUGUGUUGGAGCUCUCAAAUGUGGAGCAAGUUGACAUUAAGUGUUACUUAUCCCAUUUGAAGAAACCUUCAAUAGAAUCGAUGAUUUUAUAUUACUCGAGCGAUACUGCAGAAUACAUACAAAGUCUAAAAUAAGAAUUUGGUUUUGCAAUAAUAAGUAGACGAAAAAAAAAAUGAAUAAAUCAAAUAAUCAUGUAUUGCUGCUUUUGAAAUUCAUUUUAAUAACUGAAAAUACUCGUUUGAUACAUAU